GCAUCCAAUUGUAACGGGCUUUCUGUGAUUUUAUUGCUCAUUUUGUUCUUGAUAACCUGACUGGCUAGACCGCCUUGUAACUGCUGCUGAUAGUCAUUUACAAGGCAUAGGUAGCUCUGGUUGAAAUCGUUGUUGAUACCUUCAACUUGAGCCAGCUGAGAUGAGUGGGCCAGAGGUUGCCAAGACGCCGGGGGGCGGCGCCCCAGGGAAGGAGGGCAAGGAGCCGGUAGCCAAUGGGCAUUCAGAGGAAGGGUCCAACCCCUUCGCUGAGUACAUGUGGAUGGAGAACGAGGAAGAGUACAAUCGGCAGGUGGAGGAGGAGCUGCUGGAGCAGGAGUUCCUGGAGCGCUGUUUCCAGGAGAUGCUGGACGAGGAAGACCAGGAUUGGUUCAUCCCGGCGAGGGACCUCCCCUCGGUGUCGGUGGGCCAGAUCCAGCAGCAGCUCAACGGCCUGUCAGUCAACGACGGCAACUCAGAGGAGAUUGCGCGCAAGAGCAGCUUGAACCCGGAGGCGAAGGAAUUUGUCCCGGGAGUGAAAUAUUAGAGGGUCCCCCUCCCACCCUCACACACACACACACACACACACACACCCCCACACACACACACAGAGACUCUUGUGACUACGGUGACCGUGGCCAUACACACACACACACAUGCAUAUACACACUUGUAAACACACACACUUGUUUUGAGAAAUGGGGAUGGGGGGGCAGCUGAUGAUGCUAUUGGGGGGAUGCCUUGGAUGGGGGAGGCGUUGGGCGGGAACCUCGUCUGUAAGCCUUUUUUCUUUCUUUCUUUCUUUUUUUUUUUUUCUUUCUUUCUUUUCCCAAGAUCUGUUCGAUAUGAGUUUUAAGAAAAGAAAUACAAAGGGGAACCGUGGCCAACGGAGCUUUUUUUGUUUUGUUUUGUUUGUUUUGGAGCCACUCUAUCUACAUCACACUCUGGAGUAGAUCGUUCUUAUUUCACCCGCUCUCUCUCUCUUUCGUUUCUUCCUCUCGCGCUUUUAUGAGUUCAGAAAAACAAAACAUAACAACCAAAAAAAAAAAAGAAGACAGAUCAUGUUAGUCUUUGUGGUAUAGCAGUAUUUGCUCAAUCAGGGUUUCAUGUUCUUCAGUGUUUUUUUUUUUGUUUGUUUUUCUUUUCUUUUUUUCUUUUUUUUUUGUUUUUGUCCUUUUUCUUCGGGAGAAAGUUGUCAUGUCCGUCUCAAGUUGCCGUGUCCGCUGUUUGGUCGUUAGGCCAGACGGUAGGGGGCGGGAGAGGAAAGGGAAAGGGGUCAGGUGAUGGGAUGUUUGUUUGAAAGUGUUUCGUUGGUUGGCCUCUUGAUGUGGGCGGAUUGAUAAGGAAAGGCUUUGGGAGAAUUCCCAUGGAAUCGAAUUUUGAUUUGCGUUGAAAUCCUGACAAAAAAAAGAAUGAAAAUUCAUUUAAAAAAAUGAAGAAAAAAAGACGAAUAAAAGUUGAAAAGCGCA